AUGGCUGCAGAUCCAAAUAUCACGAUCGAUUAUGGUACCACGCCUAGGUAUAUUGCACCACAAAAUGUGUACACCACUGCUAGAUCCAUGGGGUCGAAUGCUCAAGUGAACUAUAACUACAAUUUAACCUGGAUGUUCGGUGUUGACUCUGGAUUCUCUUUCCUGGUCAGGCUACAUUUCUGUGAGUUUACAGAUAAUAUUACUAAGGUUAAUCAACGCGUGUUUGAUGUCUUUCUUAACAAUCGGACCGCCGAGCAAGGGGUUGACGUGAUUUUGCUGGUGAAUGAACAAGUAUAUGUUCCUUUGUAUAGGGAUUAUGUGGUCAUGGUUCCUGGAGGGAAUUUACAGCAGGAUCUAUGGCUUGCAUUGCAUCCAGACCCGAAUAGCAAGCCCCAGUAUCAUGAUGCAAUCUUAAAUGGUGUCGAGAUAUUCAAGACAAGUGAUCCGAAAAGCAACUUAGCAGGGCCUAAUCUUACCCCCAGUCCAAAACAUAAUGUGGUUGGUUCGUCGUUGGCUUUGUCAUCUCGUCAAGCUCUUGCUAUCGGUCUCUGUGUUGUUGCUGCUGCUUCACGCCACCAUAUGCACAAUGGUGCAAAGUAUACGAGUGCAAGUUCACACACUACAGGUUCGGCGAAGACAAAUACUACAGGGAGCUAUGCUUCCUCCCUCCCUUCGAAUCUUUGCCGCCAUUUCUCAUUUGUUGAGAUCAAGACCGCCACGAACAAUUUUGAUGAUUCUUUAGUCCUUGGGGUGGGAGGUUUUGGCAAAGUUUACAAGGGAGAAAUUGAUGGCGGGACGACUAAAGUUGCAAUCAAGCGUGGCAACCCGCUAUCCGAGCAAGGUGUGCAUGAAUUCCAAACUGAGAUUGAAAUGCUCUCUAAACUCCGCCUCCGCCACCUUGUUUCGUUGAUCAGGUAUUGCGAAGAGAACUGUGAGAUGAUCUUUGUUUAUGAUUAUAUGGCUCAUAGAACAUUGCGUGAACAUCUGUACAUAACCAAAAAGCCACCACUUCCAUGGAAAUAA